AUGUUGCCCUCUGUUGCUUUUCAAGAAAGGCUGGAAGAUAAUAGUACACCGGAAACGCUGGACUCUCUUUUAACAGAUCCCGAUUGCAACUCGUUGAGAGAGUCAUUAAGUGGAAGAAGCGGUCGGAGCUCAUCUAGGCCAAAUGAACAAGCUGUUGCUCGUGCAUCCACCCCAGUUAGGAGUAGGAGACGUGUAUCCCUCGCUGAGGAUGCAGGAGGGGUUCAGCCUGCCGUGUCAUCGGGGAAGAAGCGGAGUCGCACUAGUCGAGAGCAGAGUUUGGAGAAUAUUCAAAUGUCCUUGCUCUCGCAGACCGAACAGACGGAUUGGCUGCUGCCCAGACGCACCACUGGUUCCAUGAGUUCGGGUCUAGUGCCAAAAAUCAAGACUAGGCGUCCCUCAGGUUCUUCUCAGGAGGCGGUUGACGACUUUUGUUGGAUUUGUCAUCGCCCUGGACAGUUAAAAUCCUGUAGUACCUGUCCUCGUGUCUACCAUUCCAUUUGCUCGAACGCCCCAGAGGCUGAGAAGUCUGGUGUAAUCCCGUCGCAUGAAAGCUGGCAGUGUGCCCUAUGUCGUGAACUGGCUUCAAUUACUCUGGGCACAUCGGACGCGGCGAAAUGGGGACCCGUGGUUUCGAACGCAACCUACGAGAACCAACUCAAUAAGGCGCUGGCCUUUAUGAUUGAUUUCAUGUCAAUUCAAAGUUGGGCGGAACCAUUCCGAGAAUCAGUUGAUUCUAGUGAAAAUUUCGGCGUCCCGGGUGCUGUCAGAUGUCCGAUGGAUCUUCGCACCCUCCUUCAGCGAGUGAAUGAUGGUCAGUACAAGUCAACAAAUGCAUUUCUGGCCGAUUUCCUCUGGAUCAUUCAUAAUUGCUUCGUAUCUGAGGAAAAGCCAAAUUCUCAACUCUUGGUGAAGGCACGUUCCCUGGAGCAAAUGUGUCUUUGUGAGAUCGAACUCUUGCGAGCCUGCCCCACUUGCUACGUCAAUCGUAUUACCGCCCUUCCUGUCCUCCCUUCGACUACUUUUGUCUUUCCUGCCAUCUCCAAGUGUGAGCCGCGCAUUUAUCGGCGUCCUGAGAUGCGAAAGCCCGCCGAGCACCUUAAUGCUGACCUUGCUGAAGGACUGUGGUUCGUAAAACCUUGUACUGUGAUUCACCCAGUUGUGUGGGUUCGUUUCGAGGAGGGAAGAAGGUGGCCGGGGAAGAUGAUGGCGGAACUACCGAACAAACUCCUACUGGUUUCCUUUUUCGGCACCUAUUCCACUCGCAAGACUCCAGCGAACUACGUCACUUUGCAGACCUGCCUCAGCGUCUCUGUGAAUGCUAACACCACCUCCGACACUAUCGCCUGCAACGAGAAGGCGGCGGAAGGAGGGCUCAGGCGACUGUCGGAUUCCGGCGAAUCCAAGGACAUGGAGACCCACAACCGGGCCUGUGAGGAACUGCGGCGUCAUCUCUCCCUACUCCUCCAAGCUUUUCCUAGAUUUCGAUUCCCUGCUGCUCCUGCCUCCCGUGUCUUACCGUUCUCCCAACAGAUUAUCAAACAGCAUUAUGGGUCCUUCAACCAAUGGGUUCUUGCAGGAGAUAGUCUUCCUUCUCCAGCUUCCUCUGAGUCUGGGGCAGGUGGCUCGCCGGCACCCACCGGUGACGAGGUGGAUUUUGUUCAGACUUCGGAGAGCUGCCUCCCCUCUUCGCCCUCCCUCGCCACCUCAGCGCCUUCGGCAACUCCUCCUGCUCCAUCUCCACCACUUCCUCCACCUCCUCCACCACCAUCUUUACAAGCAAGGCUGGCGUUGGCACCGCCGCAAUUGCCAUCGUCGUCUUCUACAGCAUUUCCCCUCGUUGGAACUAGCCGAUCCCUUACCUCGGAGGACUUUUCAGAGCCUCUACUAGCCCGUCUUUCUACAAACCUGUUGUCGUCAUUCAGAAGCUCCCAUGAAGUCAGAGAGGAACCGCUUCAUGAGCCUCAUUUUAGUGCCCCUCAGGUGGAGUUGGAAGACAAAAUGCGGGACCCUGAGCACAUGUACGUUUUCCCCUCUGAAGACGGUGGCGACGUGCUUGUUGAGAAUUCCAUGUAUGGCAAUGUGGACGUCCCCAAUGCGGAAACAACUUCCACAAAAGAUUCGUCGUCGACUCUACCCCUACGCCAAUCGGAUAAUGUACCUCCAGGUGAUCUCAAGGCGGAUCUGAUUGCUCGCUUCCAGGAAGCUCGAGACUUGUUUUCCGGGCGAUUUCAAUCUCUUGUAGAGGAUGUUUUCCGGAAUCUUGAAGAUUCCGUCAAUGAAACGUGGUGUGUUUCAACUGCUGCCACCACAAUUGGCGUUUCUUCAGUUUCUGCUGCUGUCUCUGAAUCAGAGGCGCCCAUCCUGGAUUCGAAUCGUACUACUACUCAAGAUCAAGAGACACAAACGGCUCCAAAUGUUGUUGUUUCUAUGCGCUCCCUCGAUGAAAACAAAAUGAAAAUGGCACUGUUGCGGACGGAGGUGGUACGACAAAGUCAGGAGUUGGAGCGCCUUCGGCUGCUGUUGGACUAUACGCGCCACGAGAUGGCGAGCAGUCAACGUGACCGCCUCACCGAGCUGCGUGCGGUGUGGGAAGCAGAGUUGCUAUCUGCGGUGGAGGGGGUAGUUAAAAUCUGCGAGAAAGAGGCUUCAGGGCUGAUUGAUGUUGUGAAAAGGAAGCAGUGGGUUAGCACACAUUUUCUUCACUUCCUUGCUCUUGGUGUAUGCUGCUAUUGGAUUCUUUGUGUCAAAUUUUCUGGCGACUAA